GUAAAGUUAGGGGGAGAGAGAGACUCCGUCAGCGAAGCGAGAGCCGGGGAAGCGCGGCGGCCGCCAUUACUGAGCCGAGAGCGCCGGGGAGGGAACGGAGAGGUGCGACGGGGUUGCGGCGCUCGGGAGCGCUCGGGAGCUGCGGGCCGGAGAGCAGAGAGAGCCCCGCGGGGAGGAAAAGCCGCCGGGGGCGCCGGCGUGGAGAGAGCGUCCCGGGAAUGCUGCCGCUCCCGCCGCCGCCGAGGAGCCGGAUCCCGACGGCGCGAGAUCCCUCAGGGAAGGACUUACUGAAGGACACUGCUUAAAUGUGUGACAUUACUGCAGGAAGAUCACAGCAGGAUAAUCAUCUUGCUUUGCACCUUGUUUUCCUAAGGGAAGAUGAUCCUGCUCGUUCUGGUUAUCUGAGGAACUCUCGAUGACAAGCUGAGGCAGAAACAUCUGAAAGCGAUUUCUGGAACCCUGGAUGUACAACUUAAAUUUGUAGGAACCUCUCCAGAAUGAAAACCACAUACAAUUACCUUGAUAAUUGCAAAAGGAUGAGAGGAAAGUUAUGAUGGCAAAAAACAAAGAGCCACGUCCCCCAUCUUAUGCUGUUAGUGUUGUUGGACUGUCUGGAACUGAGAAGGAUAAAGGUAAUUGUGGAGUCGGAAAGUCGUGUUUGUGCAAUAGAUUCGUGCGUUCAAAAGCAGAUGAAUAUUAUCCCGAGCAUACCUCUGUGCUUAGCACAAUUGACUUUGGAGGAAGAGUUGUUAACAAUGACCACUUUUUGUACUGGGGUGACGUAACGCAAAGUGGUGAGGAUGGCAUCGAGUGCAGAAUCCACGUAAUUGAACAGACUGAGUUCAUUGAUGAUCAAACUUUCUUGCCUCAUCGGAGUACGAAUUUACAACCAUACAUAAAACGUGCAGCUGCCUCCAAACUGCAGUCAGCAGAAAAACUCAUGUACAUUUGCACAGAUCAGCUAGGCUUGGAGCAAGACUUUGAGCAAAAACAAAUGCCUGAAGGGAAAUUAAGUGUAGAUGGGUUUUUACUGUGCAUUGACGUAAGCCAAGGAUGCAAUAGGAAGUUUGAUGAUCAGCUUAAAUUUGUGAAUAAUCUCUACAUCCAACUCUCAAAAUCUAAGAAACCCAUAAUAAUAGCAGCAACCAAGUGUGAUGAAUGUGUGGAUCAUUAUCUGCGAGAGGUUCAGGCCUUUGCUUCAAAUAAGAAGAACCUUGUGGUAGUGGAAACGUCGGCAAGAUUCAAUGUCAACGUUGAAACGUGUUUUACUGCACUGGUACAAAUGAUGGACAAAACUCGGGGUAAACCAAAAAUAAUCCCCUAUCUGGAUGCCUACAAAACUCAAAGACAGCUGGUUGUUACAGCAACAGAUAAGUUUGAAAAGCUUGUCCAAACUGUGAGAGACUAUCAUGCCACUUGGAAAACUGUCAGUAAUAAACUGAAAAACCACCCUGAUUAUGAAGAGUACAUAAAUUUGGAAGGAACGAAAAAGGCCAAAAAUACUUUUUCAAAACACAUAGAGCAACUUAAACAGGAACAUAUUAGAAAAAGGAAAGAAGAAUACAUUAAUGCAUUGCCAAGAGCUCUUAAUACCCUGCUGUCGAAUCUUGAUGAAAUUGAACACUUGGGCUGGGCGGAAGCCUUGAAGAUAAUGGAGAAAAGGCCUGACUUCCAGUCCUGUUUUGUAGUGCUUGAAAAAACACCCUGGGAUGAAACUGACCAUAUAGAUAAAGUGAAUGACAGAAGGAUUCCAUUUGACCUUCUCACUACACUAGAGGCAGAAAAAGUUUAUCAGAACCAUGUGCAGCAUCUUAUAUCUGAAAAGAGGAGGGUUGAAAUGAAGGAGAAGUUCAAAAAAACUCUUGAGAAAAUCCAGUUCAUUUCACCCGGACAGCCAUGGGAAGAAGUUAUAUGUUUUGUGGUGGAGGAUGAGGCAUUCAAAUACAUCACUGAUGCAGACAGUAAAGAAGUGUAUGCUAGACAUCAGAGGGAGAUUGUUGAAAAAGCCAAAGAGGAGUUUCAGGAAAUGCUUUUUGAACAUUCGGAGCUGUUUUAUGACCUGGAUCUGAACGCAACACCAAGUUCAGAUAAAAUGAGCGAAAUUCAUGCAGUUCUGAGUGAAGAACCUAGAUACAAAGCUUUACAGAAACUUGCACCUGAUAGAGAAUCUCUCCUGCUUAAACACAUAGGGUUUGUUUAUCACCCAACUAAAGAGACUUGUCUCAGUGGCCAGAAUUGCACUGACAUUAAAGUGGAGCAGUUACUUGCCAGCAGUCUUCUGCAGCUAGACCAUGGCCGCUCAAACUUAUACCAUGAUAGUGCCAACAUCGAUAAAGUCAAUCUUUUCAUUUUGGGCAAAGAUGGCCUUGCACAAGAAUUGGCAAAUGAAAUUCGGACACAGUCCACUGAUGAUGAAUAUGCAUUAGAUGGGAAAAUAUAUGAACUAGAUCUUAGGCCAGUUGAUGCGAAAUCCCCAUACCUGUUGACUCAGCUGUGGACCUCAACCUUCAAACCGCAUGGUUGUUUCUGUGUCUUUAACUCUAUCGAAUCACUGAAUUUUAUAGGGGAAUGCAUUGCAAAAAUAAGGGCUGAAGCAUCUCAGAUAAGGAGAGACAAGUAUAUGGCUAAUCUUCCAUUUACGUUAAUACUGGCUAACCAGAGGGACAGUGUUAGUAAAAAUCUGCCUAUUCUUAGACAUCAGGGACAGCAAUUGGCUAACAAAUUACAGUGUCCUUUUGUAGAUGUGCCUGCUGGUACCUAUCCACGCAAAUUUAAUGAGACCCAAAUAAAACAAGCUCUGAGGGGAGUACUGGAAGCGGUUAAACACAAUUUUGAUGUUGUAAGCCCAGUUCCUACCAUUAAAGAUCUGUCAGAAGCUGACUUAAGGAUUGUCAUGUGUGCCAUGUGUGGUGAUCCGUUUAGUGUGGAUCUGAUUCUUUCCCCCUUCCUUGACUCUCACUCCUGUAGUGCUGCUCAGGCUGGCCAAAAUAAUUCUUUAAUGCUUGACAAAAUCAUAGGUGAAAAGAGGCGUCGAAUACAGAUAACUAUAUUGUCAUAUCAUUCUUCAAUUGGUGUGAGGAAAGACGAACUUGUUCAUGGAUAUAUCCUGGUCUAUUCUGCAAAGCGAAAGGCGUCUAUGGGAAUGCUUCGGGCAUUUCUCUCUGAAGUUCAGGAUACGAUUCCUGUCCAGUUGGUGGCUGUUACUGAUAGCCAGGCAGACUUCUUUGAGAAUGAAGCAAUCAAGGAACUCAUGACUGAAGGAGAGCACAUAGCAACAGAGAUUACUGCUAAGUUUACAGCUUUAUAUUCAUUGUCUCAGUAUCACCGUCAAACCGAGGUUUUCACUUUGUUCUUCAGUGAUGUGUUAGAGAAGAAAAACAUGAUUGAGAGUUCUUAUAUGUCAGACAGCACAAGGGAAACAAUGCAUACAAGUGAAGAUGUCUUUCCACGAUCUCCCAGAGGAGGUUCCCUUGACUAUAAUUAUCCAGAUUCAGAGGAUGAUACUGAAGGACCACCACCUUACAGUCCGAUUGGUGAUGAUGUAAGAUUACUUCCAGCACCUAGUGACCGUUCAAAGUACCGAUUGGAUUUGGAAGGGAAUGAGUAUCCUAUUCACAGUACACCACUCAAUUGUCAUGACCAUGAACGCAACCAUAAAGUGCCUCCUCCAAUAAAACCGAAACCGCUUGUUCCAAGAACAAAUGUGAAAAAACUGGACCCUAACCUCCUGAAAACGAUUGAGGCAGGUAUUGGCAAAAACCCCAGGAAACAACCCUCCCGAGUGCCUGCAGCACCAUCAGAAGAUAUAGACCAAUCUGACAACUAUGCUGAACCUCUUGACACUAUUUUCAAACCUAAGGGCUUUGGAGAUGAUAUCUACGCGGUUCCAGACGAUAGUCAGAAUCGUAUUAUUAAGGUUCGAAACUCGAUUGUUAUAAACAGCCAAGGUGAGGAAGAAAAUGGGUUUUCUGAUAGGGUGUCCAAAAGUCAUGGGGAAAGAAGGCCUUCAAAAUACAAAUACAAGUCUAAGACUCUGUUCAGCAAAGCUAAGUCUUACUAUAGGAGAACACAUUCAGAUGCAAGUGACGAUGAGGCAUUCACCACCUCUAAAACUAAAAGGAAAGGGAGACAUCGUGGAAGUGAAGAAGAUCCACUGCUUUCACCUGUUGAAACAUGGAAGGGUGGCAUAGAUAACCCUGCUAUUACGUCGGAUCAAGAACUGGAUGAUAAAAAAAUGAAAAAGAAAACCCAAAAAGUGAAAGAAGAUAAGAAGCCGAAAAAGAAAACUAAGACAUUCAAUCCUCCAAUCCGUAGAAACUGGGAAAGUAAUUACUUUGGGAUGCCCCUGCAGGAUCUGGUUACACCUGAGAAACCAAUACCUCUGUUUGUUGAAAAAUGUGUGCAAUUCAUUGAAGACACAGGAUUAUGUACUGAAGGCUUGUACCGUGUUAGUGGGAACAAAACAGACCAGGACAACAUUCAGAAACAGUUUGAUCAAGAUCACAAUAUCAGUCUAGAGUCCAUGGGAGUAACGGUAAAUGCAGUGGCUGGUGCUCUUAAAGCUUUUUUUGCAGACCUGCCAGACCCCUUAAUUCCUUACUCUUUGCAUCAGGAUUUGUUAGAAACAUCAAAAAUCGUGGAUAAGACAGAACGGCUACACGAGCUAAAAGAAAUUGUGAAGAAGUUCCACCCAGUCAACUAUGAUGUCUUCAAAUACAUCAUAACACAUCUAAACAGGGUUAGCCAGCAAUAUAAGACCAACUUCAUGACUGCUGAUAAUUUAUCGAUUUGUUUCUGGCCUACUUUGAUGAGACCCGAUUUUGAAAACAGAGAGUUUCUUUCCACCACCAAAAUCCACCAGUCUGUUAUAGAGACCUUCAUUCAACAGUGUCAGUUUUUCUUUUACAACGGGGAGAUUGUAGAAGCACCUAACCCAGUGGCGUGUCAGCCACCGCCUUCCAACGCAGUGCAGAUGGUGGAACCGAUGGUACCUCUGCAGUUGCCGCCACCACUGCAGCCUCAGUUGAUACAGUCACAACUACCAGCAGACCCUCUGGGUAUUAUAUAAGCGGAAGAUGAUUGCAGGCAGCCUGGCACUGGACGGUAAAGACAAGCUAUAGACGUGCAUGUUUCAGGAUACAGUAAUGUACUUGAUAUUUAUGAGAAAUAAUUCCCAUCCAGCUGAUUGGACAUCUUUUUGUUCUAUCCCGUACUGUGUUCCUCAUUUGUACACUCUGCAGAUAAAAAA